CAAGUCCCCAAAGAUGUAUAAUGUAAAACACAUGUUCGUGGUUUUAGCGAAGUGAAUAGAGUAGUGGUAAACAUUGACGCAGUAUUUUGUUUUAUUAUCUGUAAGGGCUGCAAUUCUCAUUGUCUCACAUCUUAUUUUACAGUACGCGAUAAGUGUUGAAAGCUGUCAAUUUUUAAGACGGUCCCUUGGAGUCCUAAAGCCUAAACAAGCAAGAUGCCCAAGAGCCUCCUGACGCUAUGCCUGUGUUAUAUGGAAAGUUUAAUGUCCAAGUACCAUUUUGAUAUAAAGACACUACCAGCUAAUGUCAAGGACAAGCUGAUAAAAAUAAUGAGCACAAAAGGGACCAUCAAUGACAAAAAUAUAAGUCAGGUUUUACACUCUGGGAUUCAGGAAUUGCAUCUUCAGAACUGCAAGUUAUCCGACAGUGCUCUUAAGCAACUUAGCAACUGCAAGUUUCUUAAAGAAAUACACCUGAAUUCGAGGAAAGAAAAUUGUUUCACUAUAUCUUCAGAAGGAAUUAAAGCAAUUGCCCUAGCAUGUCCUUUUCUCUGUGUGAUUUCUUUAUGGAGGUGUUGUAAAGUAUCAGAUGAAGGAAUCCUAGCUUUGGCUCACAAUUGCAGACAUCUACAGAUAGUAACUUUGAGUGGCUGUUUGGCCAUCACAGAUGCCUCUCUUUUAGCUUUGGGGCAGAACUGUCGUUUUUUGCAUAGCAUUGACUUUUCAUCUACAAGGGUUACUGAUGAUGGAGUUAUUGGACUUGUUACUGGAGUAUGUUCUCAAAACAUAAAGGAGAUUCACAUGGGUCGGUGUACCAAUGUGACAGCCGAGGCAGUGGAGGCCGUCCUUACCUGCUGUCCCCAGAUUAAGAUUUUACUUUUCCAUGGAUGCCCCUUGGUUAAAGAUCUUUCAAGAGAUGCCCUGGAACAGCUAGAGGGACUGAAAGAAAUUGAGCAAGUGACCUGGACUAUCUACUGAAUAGAACUAAUAUGUUUAGCAUUAAUUUUGAAAAAAGGGCAGCAGUGUACCACCAUGAUCGAAAAACAAAAGGUCUACUGAAGCUUCAAUGCUCCUGUUGAGUACAGUAGAACCUUGAUGGCUGGAAGGAACCCACUUUCCAAAUGUAGCAAAACACAGAGUUCAUGAACAGAGAUAUGCAGGUGAAUCAUUGUUUUUCAAAAAAUGAGGCAGCUUUUUAUGCUCUACAGGCAGAAUUGUUUUAGAACCCUCUAUUAAACACACCUAACCUUAAAGCCAGUUCAACUCCAGAGCGUUUCCACAAUGCUGGACCACUGGACUACAACUCCGUGUGCCUUCUGGCCAUUUGACCAGAGAGGGGUGUCCCCUGUCCAACUUGCUUUACAUCACAUAGCGCAAGGGUGACCCCGUGUGGUCAAAUCUAGACAUUAACUGCAUUUCAUUGUAUUGGAAGGAUUUUAGUAGAACAAAUAUUAAUACUCCUUAGAUAAGCACCCAUCAUUAGAUAUUUUACAGCACACAUUUUUUAGUGUUUCUAAAUAGAAUUUUAGCUCCGUUUGGUUUGCUACAUCACACAUACAGCAGGACAGCCACUGCUAAUCCACCAUAAUGUGAGGCAGUCUAGGAAACACACCAUGGUCUUGGAUAAGCAGGUCACAUAAUCUGGAGAAAUCAGAAACGUAAGAUGAUGGCAGCAUCUCAUUCUGUUCACGCACCUCAGCUGCAUUCCUUUAAAUUCUCCUUCUUUGUGGAGAUGGAAUGACAGUCCCACCAUUUUGAAAGCCAGAGGUGCUGAUGUGAGACACGGGUGACACAAAUGGCAUUUUAAUACAAAGUGACAUACAAGUGCAUGCUAAAAGUAAGACGCAUGCAUUGUGUUUAGGUACGUUUGUGGUAUGUUUUUAUUACAUACAUUUUCAAAAAUAUUUUUGUGACCAAAAAGCACUAGUUUGUGUUUUGUAUUUUUAUGUAAGUCACAGAGUUGUCUUUAACAAAGAAUUAAAGGAUACUCAUUCCUGGUUCUCCACA